UAGUAAACACUGAGGUUCGGUGAUGGCUCCUGGUGGUGUUCGUUAAACCUGGCUGUAGUGGUUCCCGCUAGACCGUCUCAUGCUGGCUUGGAGAUCUCUCGGUCCCGAUUGUGUGAUACGGUGGGUACGCUCGGGGAUUGGAGGAAGAUCGGAUCAAGUCUCCUUUCCUUUCCACGCCCCUCUAAGCGAGGCCUGCGGGCGGGGAGGCUCGUGUCUGUUCCGCGGGAUUUAAAAAUCCUGCCUCCAUUGAGCCGAACAAAGGAGCGGGAGAAACGUCCGUUCCUCUUCUCUCCUCGCACACCCGGAGAGCGAGGACCACCCCCCCUCCGUGAGUGGCAGAGCUAGCAGAAGGUGCGCACAAUGUGGAUCCAAGUCCGUACCAUAGAUGGCACUGAGACUCAUACUAUUGAUGACCUGAGCCGUCUCACCAAGAUCGAAUGCCUGCGGGAGAAGAUCCAGGAGACCUUUCGAGUGACUCCUGACCGCCAGCGCCUCUUCUACCGGGGCAAGCAGCUGGAAGAUGGACACACUUUAUUUGACUAUGAUGUUGGACUAAAUGACAUAGUUCAGCUUUUGAUACGUUCUGAAUCUGAAGCUCCCACCACUUUUUCUGUGACAAAUCAGGAUGGAGAGGUCAAUCCCUGUGCUGUUUCCAACUGUAAAAACAAAGUCAAAAGAGCAGCAAGUAGCAGAUCACCGAAUCAGCCGUCUACAUCAGCUCACUCAUUUCUUAUAGAUCCUGGCAUUGGAUUGUACAAG